AUGUCUCCAAGUAACACACAUCACAGCAAUAUCCCUCUCAGAAACACCUGGUGUAAAAUUCCUUUUUCAAAAUUGCAUCGUCUUCCUGUGCCGAUACAAAUUCCACUCCUUGUUUUCUUAUCAUGUGGCCACGUCGCUCCACAGCGUUCACACAUCCAUCUCAUCUCUCAUCCGCUUGUCGGAGGUAGGCAAACUCUAUUACCAGCAUGCAUUCACCCUUUUUUACUGCUGUCAAAAACAGCCUACAAGUACACCAAACCGCACACGUUCAACCGCCUGUUCAUCUCUGCAGGUUUCGCGAAGAUGAAGUUCCGCAUUUCGCUGAAAUGGCAGCUGUCCUUUGCGGUGUCGUUCACGGCCUUCUGCUGCCUAGGUCUGUUGAGUAUCAUCACGUACUUCAACAACCAGGGCACAGUUUUGGACCUGCGACGAAACCGACUGACGGUCAUUGCCCAGCUGAAAAGCUCACAGAUCAGUUACUACUUGAAAUCGCUCCAGACAGGGACGGUGUCUCUGGGGUCACGUGAGUUCCUACAGACGCUACUGAUGGACUCGUAUAACGGAGCAAGCAUCAACAUCACGGCCCAGGUGGAUCCGUUUGUGACGGCUCUGGAGAGCUCCGACGGGCUCGGAGGCGUGGUUUACGACUACGAGUUCAACCAGAUUGCUGCCGUGCUGUUGGAUGACCCCGUCACACAGAACGUAACCGAGUGGCCCAUGAGUAUGCUUCCUGUGACUCUUUCGCCGUUCCAAAAGCAGAUUCUCCGCACAAACUCGUGGAUGUUGCAGGGGCCAGAAAUCAUAAACAGCAGAAACGACUUUGUGUUCACCAUGACAACAGCUGUCGGCAAAAACGGGUUUGAGUUCCCACAGGUCAACGGCUCCAUUGUGGGAUAUAUUACGGUACUAGUCAAGGCCAACGGACUCAUGAGCAUUCUCAACAUGAAUGACGCCGUUACUGAGGCGUCGAAAUCCGACCUGUCACUUAUCUCUCUCACCGACGACACCUCGGAAGCAAUCUACAAACAAUUUUCGCUCAAGAACGACACUUUUAUGGACUCUAUAGGUAGAGAGGGUAUCCGUUCGCCACUCAUCGACGACAUGAAAUACACCUACGCGCUGCCAACAAACUCGUGCAUGACCUGCUACACGUACGAGUUCCCUCUCAAUGCAAACGAGGGUGCAUAUGAAGCCUACCUGGGGUACUACUUCAACGACAAUGUACCCUAUGGGUCCAUAUUGAACGUUCAGUAUGCGCGCACAAAUGUGGCAGUGGGAUACGCCAAGGUUACGACCAACUCAGCAAACACGUAUCCUCGAUGGGCCGUUAUCGCUGCUCAAAGUCACUCCGAUGUCUACAAGCCAUUGUAUACACUGCGGAACAUUCUGCUGAUUUCCGUCUUCUCACUAGGAGCUGGAGUGUGUCUUGUGACGUUGGUGUUGGCGUCGUGGGCUGUGGGACCCAUUCUGAGGCUUCAGGCAGCCACUGAUCGGUCUACAGGCCGAGCACACAAACUGGCCUGGUGGCGGAACUUGAGUUGGAAAAAGAACGGAGGAAAGGGAGGAAAGGGAGGAAAGGGAGGUGAUGAUGGCAAAAAGCCAGCGACAAAGACGUCCAUAAACACGCUGGAUACGGUUCAUUCGGAAAAGGGUGCUCGAUCAGAUGGGGUACCUGAAAGCACGUCUUCGGAGGAUACUCGUAUCGACAGCCAGACCAAGGGCGCUACCACGGCCUUCCACCGACGACACGAGUCUCAAGAGCUUAGAAAAAUUGUUUCCAACCCCAACAUGGAGUUCAAGGUGCCUGCCAAGGUGGAAAACCGAAAGCGGUUUGUGAUUGACGAGCUGUCCGAGUUGACGGACACGUUCAACAUUAUGGCCGAGGAGCUGCGCAAGCAGUACGACACAUUGGACCAACAGGUCAAGCAGCGAACCAAGGAAAUUGAGAGUGCCAAGGAGCUGGCCGAGACGGCCAACGAGGCAAAGACGCUGUUUAUUGCAAACAUUACACACGAGCUACAGACUCCUCUGAACGCCAUUCUAGGUCUAACUGCUGUGUGUAUGGGUGAGAAGGAUGUCGUCAAGGUGAAGAGAAACCUCAAAGUCAUUUACCAGAGUGGAGAGCUGCUAUUGCAUCUUUUGACUGAUCUGUUGACGUUCAGUAAGAACCAGCUGGGCAAGUUGACGCUCUACGAAGUCGAUUUCACCGUCUCCGAGGUGGUCAUGCAGCUGGAGAGUAUUUUCCAGCAGCCCUGCCAGGAUCUGAACAUCAGUUUCAGUAUUGCGUCGUCUGACCAUGCCCUGGUUCUUCAUGGAGAUAUGAACCGAAUGUUGCAAGUUGCCAUCAACCUCAUUUCGUCGUCUUUGAAGUCUCUGACAGGAGGUGACUCGGUUGAAGUUGUUGUUAAGGUCGAUAUUGAAAAGCUGACAUCUGGUCUAGCUAAUAAGCAUCAUUCGUUGGUCACAUCAUCUACCCGUGGCCGAGGCAAUUCCUUGACGUUGGCUACUACCCAGAACUCUCCCUGCGGCUCCUUUACUUCAACCACUAACCGAGAGUCAGUGAGUUCAAUCUCCGGUACUGGCUUCCUGUCUCUGGUUGUCAACACUACACACACGGAGCACGAUCUCAACGAAGGCAAGGACAUUUCCAACGCAAUUCAAAACUCCGGAACCGAGCUUGGCUUAUCCAUUUGUCGUCAGCUUGCGGAGUUGAUGGACGGAGAAGUUCAUCUUGAGAACCCCUUCUGGUUCCGAUUGCCUGUCAAGAUUGGCGAUCGAAGCAACUCCGGAAUUGAGGAGGUGAUCCAGCCCAAGGCCAAGAAGAAGAACAACGUCAGCAGUGGUCUAGUGAUCCAAGCACCUGCUGCCAACACAUGUGUGGAGUCAGCUACCAGUCCUCCUGUGCCUGCCACCCCCACUGUGGCUCAUCCUACUCCUUCUCCAGUGCCUAUACACCCGCCCUUGCGUCCCUCACUGAGCAAGGUCACUGCCGCCACAUGUAAGGUGCUUAUUGUGGAGGACAACCACGUGAACAAGGAGGUGAUGACACGAAUGCUCAAUCUGGAGGGUAUUCGAGACGUGUCUGUUGCUGUGGACGGUCUCAAGGCGGUUGAAGCCGUGGAGGCCAUUCUUGCUCAGGGCCAGAUGUUUGACGUUAUCUUCAUGGACGUUCAGAUGCCUGUGAUGGAUGGAAGAGAGGCCACUCGGAUCAUUCGAACAAAGUUGGGUUAUACAAACCCCAUUAUUGCCGUGUCUGCGUAUGCUGAUCAGUCCAACAUCAACGACUGUCUUGCCACUGGUAUGGAGACCUUCCUGGCCAAGCCUCUCAAGCGGCCUCAGUUGAGAGAGGUUUUGAUUAACUUGGGUAUUCAAGUGAAGGAGAGAAAGUAG